UGUCGUCUCGCGAGAACUUCGAUGUCACGUGGAUUAUGGCUGAAGAUCGCGGAUAUUAGAAGGAGAGAAAUCUACAAACCGAGAGCAAAGAGGAGGCGAAGCUGUGACUCUUCAGCAGCUCUGACACACUACUCACACAGCAGUGAUGGCGCAUGUCUUCAACCAUGGGAAGCUGCUCCUGCAGCGCCUGCAUCAGCAGCGGGAGAUGGACUUUCUGUGUGACAUCACCAUAAUGGUGAAGGACGUGGAGUUCAGGGCUCACCGUAACAUCCUCGCUGCGUUCAGUGAGUAUUUCUCCUCCCAUGCUGAAAAGGGGGAAGAGAUCACGACUUUGGACCCCGACAAGGUCAGCCGGUACUCGCUGGAGAAGCUCCUGGAGUUCGUCUACACGGGACACAUGAACCUCAGCAGCAAAGUAGACUUGGAUGUGAUGAAGCCAACGUCAGAUACAUACACGUUAUGGAAAGAGGAGGAGGAGGAGGCGGGGGAUGACAGCAUUGGCGGAGGCACAGAGGAGGAGGAGGCGGGGGAGGGAGUGGAAGAGGGAGAGAUCGGGGAGAUGGAUGCGCUGGCUCUGGGCGAGAUGUCGCUGUCGUGCACAGAGUGCAACAAACUGUUUAAAGACGUGAGCAGCCUGCGCCGCCACGAGAAGAUCCACAAGGGGCUGAAGCCGUUCGCCUGCAUCUUCUGCUCCAAAACCUUCAGGCAGGCCACGCAGCUGAAAACACACCUGCGCAUACACACAGGCGAGAAGCCGUUCAAUUGUGCCGAUUGUGACAAGUGUUUCGCUCAGAAGUGCCAGCUGGUCGCUCACCGCCGAAUGCACCACGGCGAGGAGAAGCCGUACACCUGUGAGCGCUGCGGCUUCAAGUUUGCUACCUCGUCCAAUUAUAAAAUACACAUCAGACUGCACAGCGGGGAGAAACCGUACGUCUGUGACAUCUGCGGCCAGGCGUUCGCUCAGUCCAGCACGCUGACGUACCACAAGCGACGACACACUGGGGAGAAACCGUACCAGUGCGACCUGUGUGGCAUGUCUUUCUCUGUGUCUUCCUCUCUCAUUGCCCACACACGUAAACACACUGGCGAGACUCCGUACAAAUGUUCGCAGCCUAAAUGCGACGCCAAAUUUGUCACAUCAUCUGAACUGAAGAAACACAUGCGGCGACUUCACCCAGAGGGGAACAGCGGCGUGCAGUGCCUGCUCUGUGGAAACAGAUUUGCCAGCGUGAAGAACAUGAUCAAACACCAGGACAAAGCUCACGCCGACGAAGUGCGGCAACACAAGGAGAGAGCCCGAGCCGUGGUCCUGCUGUCCACCAGCCAUCCCGUGGCCUUCGUCCAGAGCAAGCUCUCCCAGGAGAACAAAGGUUUGGGCUCCAUCCCCGAGGGCGAGCCGGCCAACCCUGAACCGGCCACUCCCAACCCCAAAGCCACCGACCCCGCCGCGGCUGCCUCCGACGUCGCCACCACUGACUCUGCUGCAACCACCGCCAGCGUGACCGCUGACAGCGUCACGGACGCCGCCGCCAUCAUCCAGGACUUCAAGGCGGAGCCCACGCACACCCCUCUCACCACCACAGAGCAGGUGACCUUCGACGCCGAUCAGGAGCAGACCAUCAACUCGGACACGCUGCACGCGCUGGUGGAGCAGCUGCGGCCGCCGCCUUCGCCCGCACAGACGCUGGAGCAGAUUGUCAUCAUCAAGACGGUGGACAACAUGGACAACAUGCCCCCCCAGCAGUGAGGCCUGAGUAACACUGAUCAGAACUAAACUUCAGUUUUAAACAGUCACUCGCUGAUUGGCUUAAAGUCAGUGCUCAUGUUCAGGAUAAAAAAAUCAACAUUUGUAAAGAUAAUCUACAAUACAAAGACAAUUUGGUCCAACUCGGGCUUUAUUUUCAUAGUUUUGACCAUCAUUUCAACCUGUUUUACAAACAGGAAAUGCGAGCAGUUGAGUUAGAAACAAACAUCAAGGUUAGACAAAAUAUUUUGGACGACGGACGGCAAAAUAUAAUCCAAACUUUGUGUCGCCACAUUCAGUUAAAUCCAGUAGGACAGACAGACAGUGAUGGGAGCGUUUUCAGACUUUUUAGAUAAAUUAAUCUCAUUAUGUGAUUAUUAUUUGUCAAAAAAAGUCUCAAGCAGAAUCCUCAGAAGUCUUUUUUUGUUUUCCAUACUUCCCAAAACCCAAAGACUUUCAGCUCUCUGUGAGUUAAAAUGGAGAAAAGCACCAAGUUCUGCAUUUCAGAGGCUGAAACUAGAAACAUGUGAUGUGGUUUCCACAAUUUGUACGUGGAAAAACCAGAAUAAUGAUUCGCCGGCGUGCACACAUUUAAUAUUUUGCAAUAAUAAAAAAACUUUCCAGUAUUUUUUUUUUUUUAAGUUGUGACGUAUGAGAAACAGACGAUCAGAUUCACAGCUCAUAGUCUGUAUUUUGGUUUAUUAUCAAAAUCACUUAGAUUCUAACAUAUUUACAGACGAGUGUUUCCACCAAAUUAACACUGAUGCAAAAAGCAUCAAAUGAAGCUAUAAACCCCCCUCCUCCUCCUCCCAAAACAUAAACCCUUAAAGAAGCAGCGUGGCUUCAGUUGAGUUGGUUUACUGGUCAAAACUAUAAGAAUAAAACCUGACCCAGUCAUCCUUUUAAAAAUGCCCAUAUUUUUAGUAGAAGUGAAAUGAAAUUCAUGAUCCAGCAGGACGAUUUACAGCUCCUCAAGGAGAACACGGGUAAUAUGGCAAACAAAAUGCAGUUUAACCGUGUCAGUGGCCGAUACUGUUGUGUGACGCCAGUCUUGAGCUUGAGGAAAAAAAGGAGUGUGAUGGAGAUCUGAAAGAGGCUAAAAACAGAUCAGUUAUUUUUCUAAUGAAGAUUUUUGUUUCCUUGGCAGAGAGGAGGAAAGAGCGGCAAUAAAAGGCAGAAUCAAAUUAUUAUAACCUGAAGAAUCCCAAUAAGAUUCUCUCUUUGUGUUCAGCAGUGACGUCAUGAUCAGCACUGAUGAUUUCAUGCUGUUGUGCUUAAACCUGUUUCACUUUGAAUGACCUGCUAACUGUUCGUUGGAGUCACAGUUAAACUACAUUCUUUCUGUAAAAUCCACUGUUUGGGUUUACCAGAUGUAACCAGUUUUCUCCCAGCAUUAACCAGCUGUACACAUAAAGAUAACCAGUUUGAUUACUUGUGCUGUCUUUUCAAUCAGCAGAUGUCAGAAUCAGGAGGGAAGGGAGGGGGGAAAAAGCCCAAUCAGCAGAUCUGUACAAUUUACCGUUGUUCAAAUGUCCAACGUUCUGAUCCAAGUUCCUUGUUUCACUUCCCAGCUUAAUGGUGAAGUGUGUGAAAAAAGAAACUGAUUCUACAUUUUCUUCUACUGUAGAAAGUGAAGCUUUGAUUCACAGCGACUGACCUGCUUCAAACCGCUUAAAGGUGCUUUUUGUAAAAACAGCCAGUUGUGUGAAGAUGAUUUAAAAGUCCAAAGACGAGCGUGUUGGGUUACUGUGAGCGUGAAUUGUUGUAUAUCUGACCAGAAGAAUGAUUUCAAGGGUAUAAGCAGCAAUGAAAAAAGGAGUUUCCUCCUGUGGAUUUCUGGGAUCUCCAUUAGAGAGAGGGCGAUUAGCUCAGGGUAGGAGGAGUCAGUUUAGGUAGUUCAGCUUCCUCCUUUAGCGAGGUGUUUCAGGACUGUCUGCUGGAUUAAGUGGCUGGAAGAGGAAGGUCUCCUUAGACUGCAGACCCCACAACCAUGAUCUGGAUACACAGACGGAUGGAAAUCAACAUCUUUGUAUUUUGUGGCAGAGAUGUCAGCUAAAGCAAGGCUGAGCUGUACUCCUGUAAUACCACUUUGGACCACAAGGUGGAGCAGUGAGUCAGUAUAGUGUCCUCUCUGUCACACUGACCUGGCUCGUUUGGUAGCUAAAAGACUGUAGUGUUUUUAUAAAGCGAACAGAAACUUUAGAUAAGCUAGAGGUCUGAUCAGAUAUUAUUUUAAACUUACACAGAAGAAGGUGGCGCUGUUUGGGGCGGAUAACUGUGCUUCCUGGUGAAACACCACCUCCUGGUGGUGAACGUUUGCAUUACACUUUUUGUUUCUUUUUCUUUUUUUACAAAAAGUACCUUUAAAGUCCUCUAACCUCACACAACAUUUUCUCCGAUGUGGAUGUCGUGGCGGCAGUUUUUUGUUUGUUUGUUUUUUCUAUUACAGCUUCCUUUUGUUUGAUGGAGUAACGCUUGUAAAGAAUAACUCUGAUACAGUACAACUCCGUUUUAAUAGUUAGCGUAGUGAAUAGGAGCUUUGGUAUCAUAAGAUGUAACAUCUUUAUUUAUCAAGCAAUAAAUGUUCCACCCUGCAGUGACAUGUGAUGAUAAUGGUGGCUUCAUUGAUGUAAUAGAGGCUCUUUUUAUUCUUCUUUUUUCUUUUUUAAGUAAAUCAGUUGUUUCAGUGUG